AAGUUAUGAGAUGAAAGCCAAUCAGCCAAUUGUACGGCCACUUGUCUAGUGUUUUCUUCCUAUUUAACUCGAAUGUGGCCAGUUCUGAAUACAAUUCCUUCAAUUAGACGUUGUAUCAGUUUAGCAUCGAUUUCUAUUACCUGAAGAACGAUUCCGCAGGUUCAACAUGAGCUCCGGAAGUAUCUGUUACAAGUGUAACCAGCCUGGCCAUUUUGCUAGAGAAUGCUCCCAACCUGGCGGUAGAGACAGCGGCGGCAGAGGCGGAGGCGGCGGCGGGUACCCCAGGAGCAGAGAAAAGUGCCACAAGUGCAACAAGGUCGGCCAUUUCGCUCGCGAAUGCAAGGAGGACUCUGCACGCUGCUACAGAUGCUAUGGGGAAGGGCACUUUGCCAAAGACUGCCAUCAGAGCCCCGACAUGCCGUCCUGCUACAACUGUAGGAAGCCGGGGCACAUUGCUAGGAGCUGUCCUGAGUCUGGGGGCGGCAGCAUGGAUCGUGUCAGCAAUGACACCUGCCACAACUGUCAGCGGCCUGGGCACAUCUCAAGAAAUUGCCCUGAGAACACCAAGACUUGUUACUUAUGCCACAAACCAGGGCAUCUGAAGAGAGAUUGCGAGGAGAACGAAUACCGAAACUAGGGAUUGUCACUGGUUUAUUCCUUUGUUAUAUUUUAUACAUAUUUAUACAUAGGCGUUGGAGAUUGCGUUUUCUGGAGAAAAAGUUGACACAUCGUUUCUGAUUUGUAUUCAUUGUUUUGUGAAGAAAAGCACAGGAGUAGCCCUGCAAACCUUGAACAUUUGAAAAUAGUUUGAUUUCAGCAUUCAAUUAUAAUAGAAAUGACACACUGCAAUUGUGAAAAAUGGCGAGAAAGUAUAAUUUUUAAUAAUAAAGGUGGUAGAAGUUAUUGGCA